CGAGAAAGACAGCCACAUUGGCGGCCACACCAACACUCUGCACGUGGAUGGCGUCGCCCUCGACAUUGGAUUCAUGGUCUUCAACCAGGUGACGUACCCGAACAUGGUGGCGUUCUUCGAUGAAAUCGGGGUGGAGAUGGAGAAGUCGGACAUGUCGUUCGCGGUGAGCCUGGACGGCGGCAAGGGCUGCGAGUGGGGCAGCACGAGCGUCGCGGGCCUGUUCGCGCAGCGAUCGAAUGCCGUGAACCCGUUCUUCUGGAACAUGAUCCGCGAGAUGCUCAAAUUCAAGGCCGACGUUCUCGCGUAAGAGCAGAAUCUUGGCCAGACUUCCAUUGCCCGCCCGUAAUGUAGACAGAGAGAGAGAGAGAGAGAGAGAGAUUGAGAUUGAGGCCAGGGCCUCUGCCUUGUGAGCGAGCGAGUGAGCGGUUGAUUGAUCCACCUCCGAUUUGGCUUGUCUGGUGGCUUGGUGGCUGGCUGGCUGGCUCCCGCCUGCUCUGCUUGCAGAUUUCUAGCGAGAAUCGAGAGCGGCGACCCGGGCAUCGACGAGGCUACGACUCUCGCCGACUUUCUCACCUCGCACGGAUACUCGCAGAAGUUCAAGGAAUGCUACCUGAUUCCGGUGUGCGCAUCGAUUUGGUCCUGCUCGUCACUCACAAUCCUGGGCUUUUCGGCCGUCUCGAUUCUCACUUUCUGCCGAAACCACCACUUGUUACAGUUAUUCGGGCGGCCGCAGUGGAUCACGGUGAAAGGCCGGUCCGAAACCUAUGUGAGCAAGGUUGUAGAUGAGCUUCAGGAGAGAGGAGCUGAGAUCAGGGCCGCUACCGCCGUCACUCGCAUAGAAUCUCUCGAUGACGGACGCGUGCGCGUGGAGGAUGAACGAGGUGGAAAUGAAAUAUUUGACGAAUGCAUCGUGGCUGCACAUGCUCCUGACGCGUUGGAAAUGCGGGGCGAAUAUGCCACUUCGAACGAGAAGAAGAUUCUGGGAGCCUUUCAAUAUGCUUACAGUGAUAUUUACGUACACCGGGACGCGAAUUUCAUGCCCCGCAACAAGGCUGCCUGGGCUGCUUGGAAUUUCCUCGGUGAUGUCAACAAUCGGUGUUGUGUGACUUACUGGCUGAAUUUGCUACAGAACUUGGGAGACACAGGUUUGCCUUUUCUGGUCACCCUGAAUCCGGCCAAGAAACCUGAACGAGUGGUCAGUCUCUGGAGAACGAGUCAUCCUAUUCCAUCACCAGAGGCCGCCGAUGCCUCCAAGCGCCUUGGUUCUAUCCAAGGUCAUCGUGGAGUGUGGUACUGUGGGGCUUAUCAAGGCUAUGGAUUUCACGAAGAUGGGUUCAAGGCUGGGUUAGUUGCCGCAAAACAGCUUCUGGGUCAGAAAGCAAAAGUGCUUCGGAAUGUUAAACAGAUGGUGCCUUCUUGGACGGAGUAUAGUGCCCAGCAAGCAGUUGUGGCCGUCUUGCACAAAUUCAUACGCACUGGGCAGCUUCAGAUAUUGGAAGCUGGUGGUUUGAUUCAUGACUUCAUGGGCAGUAAAAAGGAUUGCAGCUUGAAAGUUUCUAUACGUGUCAAUAGCCCGCAGUUCUACUGGAAGAUUGCUACUAGAGCAGAUAUUGGUCUUGCAGAUGCAUACGUAGAUGGCGACUUCUCAAUUGUAGGAGACAAAAAUGGGCUUCUCCACUUCUUACAGCUGAUUAUCGCCAAUCGAGAUAUAAACCGAUCUGAAUUCGUGAAGCAAACAAGGGGAUGGUGGAAUCCAGUUUUUGUGACCGCAUCUGUCGGAGGAGCUGUUUCGUUUCUUAGACACAAAUUGCGUGGAAAUUCGCUCACUAAUGCUCGUAGAAACAUAUCCAGACAUUAUGAUCUGGUAGACCAUUGCUUCCCAUGCAAUUUGAUCCUGAUUAGGUUGAGUGUCUUCCUUCUUUACAUGCCCGAAUAAUAUCAGGGCCAUUGAGGAGAGUUGACUAUAUCUGCGUAAUCUUUUCAGAUUGCUGUCUGCAUGCGAGUGGGAACUCCUGGAUAAUUAUCCAACGCUUCUAAUGCAUGAAAUAUGUGAUGCAGAGUAAUGAGAUUUUUGCUCUUUUCCUCGAUGACACCAUUACGUACUCCACAGCCAUCUUCAAGGUGAUGGUGAAG